CUCUCCACUACUCUACUGUUGCUCGUCGUCGUGUCGCGAAGAAAUAAAAGUCAGUGAGCGGAGAGGACUCGCGCCGAGAGGAACGUACUCGCCGUCGUGUCUCUUUGUCUCGGGUCGCGCUCUCGACAUGGUACGGGGAGAGAACGAGGAGGAGCCUCUACGGGAGAACGACGAUAAUAAUAAUCGUGUGAUAACGAACAACGAGGAUGCAGUGCUCGUAGUGCAAGAUGAUACGACGACAACGACGACGACGACGACGAUGUCGUCCUUGAAGAGCUGCACAGAUGUCGCAACAACGGCGGCGCAGGACAACGGCACCUGCUGGGACAGCUUACCCAGCGUCAUCCUCCUUGAGAUAUUCUCGUACCUACCCCACGAAAGCCGUAUUCAAGCCUCUCAGGUAUGCAGACACUGGAGGUACGGACUGUUCCAUCCAAGCUUCUGGAAAAAGAUUACCUUUACACUGACAGACAACGACAGCAUUGUGUGGUCAAGAUGUUUAUCAAGUUGGUUUCAAUUCAGUGUGCAGGAGGUAACGAUCCGCUGCGAGUCUGCCAACAAUUUUGUCAGAGAGGCGUUGUUUGUGUUGAAAAAGUUGAGCAGUAACAAGCAGCUGAGAAAACUACUUUUAGAGCCCACAAGUUGUAUGUUUGAGUAUCCCACUCAGGACGUGAAUGGCAAGAAGUUGCUAGAACAGCUGUUGACUAUUAUGGAGACAUCCAACAGUCUGGAAGCAUUGAGUUUAGGCUGUAUCGAAGAACUGACGGAAGACCUAACUUACAUUUUGGAGCCACUCAAGAAUAAUCACUCCAAUCACCUGACUCACUUGAGUUUGGCUUCCGUCAAGGAUGAUCCUGAUCGAUACGACUUUUUGGAGCUGGAGUGUUCGAUGUUUAGAAGCUUCUCUAAACUAACAAUCUUGACAAUAGAUUAUGAUCAUGUCAGCGAUGAACUGCUCCAGGCACUCAACAGUGGAUUGAUGGAAAGAUUGGUGAUACACGUGCAUGGAUGGAAUGGAGAAUAUAUUGGAGCUAGCAACAAUGCAUGGAUGGCUUUUACUGAGAAAAACCCAAGCUGUGAAUUGCGUUUAAAUCUUAUUCACUCUUAUAAUGCAGUAAGAGUAUUGGAUAGUGAAAUUUUACAACCGGCAAUGCCUCUGACUCAUUUGAAAGUUCUAUUCUGCGAAAGUGUCAAUUUCAUGGCACUCAAUCAAUUAUCCCAUUGGUAUCCAAAUACACUGCAAUCACUUAUUUGGAUAGAUUCGUUUAACUCUCAAAAGAAUACAGUCAAUCAAAUGUAUGAUGUAGAUGAUGUAGAUGGCCCUGAUCCUCUGGUAAUAGCAGCGUGGCAAUGUAAAAAUUUGAGUGAAAUAGUACUCAUAGGUAAAAAAUAUUGUUUGCACAAUCUUCUUGCUAUCGUUCGUCUGAGGCAUAACAUGAAGAAAUUAGAAUUUGCUGAAAGUGACAUUGUCUAUGAAGAGUCUGCAUCAGAUCGCGAGGCAAUAAUUGACGAGGUCAAAGAUGUCAUGGGUAAGCAGUGGAAGCUUCUGAGUGACAAAGAGCUUCCAAAAGUUGUGAUAAAUCCUCUGAAUGGAGACAGCAGAGAAGUAAUAAUGCCAAUGGUUCUUCGGGAUCAAAAGUAAUUUGUGUCCAAGGAAACUUAAAAUUUAAGCCACCUCAAGUACCAUCCAUCACCAACAGUCCUUUCUUGUGGAUAAAACUCAUUCUCAGAAGUAUGAGCGUAACGUCAUGUGUCAGGUCAUAUGUCAUAUUCUUGUGUUUUUCUAUGGAGAUAUUUUUAUGCAACCACGCAUUUUAUUUUUAAUUAAUUUUAAGUGAAAUCACGUCAAGAAUAUUGCGUUAUAUAUUUCUGAGGCUUAGAUGUAAUAGUCUGUCACGCAUUCUUUCACAAAUACUCCCGUGACAAGAAUCAGCCAUCCAUAUCUUAAGAAAGCUGCAGCAACCUGUCUGAUACUGAAAAGAAAUUCCGUUAUUUUUUCAGUAAACUUUUAUCGCAAGAAAAGUUUUACAAUGAUAUAAUGAAAGCCGAGAAAGAAUAUAUGUAAAUACUAUUUGACAAGCGGAUUCUGUUCCUCGAUGAGUCUGCGCACUGUUGAACAAUUAUGAAAUCGUAAAUUACGAAAAACAAAUCACAAGUACAUUUAGACUACAAGACUAACACUAAGUCUUUCGUGACAUGGACCCAGUUAUACAGGGUAAAUAUAGUAAUGUACAGUUCGAUCAUACCUCGUAAGAGAAGAAAGAGCACAACAUAGAUUCGUCGAGGGAUAGGUCAGCGAAGAAAAAAUAAAACAUCUGAACUUGAUAUCCUCUAUACAAGUAAUCAAGUUCUACAAAGUAGCCAGAAGAAAAAAAUCGCAAGUAUUUUUCCAUUGGGAUGGGAAUUUAGUUUAUAGCAUUGAUAAAAGAAAAGCGAAGAAUAGAAGUAGAAGAAGAAUGUUACGCGCAAUGUUAAAGAGACAUCGUAAUGCCGAGAAAGGGCAAAUAUUUUAGAGGAUUCACGCGAGUUACAAAGAAUAUUACAAAAAAUAAAAAAAAAAAAAAAUACUGCGCCAAGCUCGACGUCAACUUCGACGGCAGCAUAUGUAACUAUCGAGCGAUCCGAGGUUAUUUUUAAUACCAAAACCAAUCGGACGCCUUAGCAUAAGAAGAAGCAUCUUGAUGUGCAUACAACGCUGUGAUUACGAUAGGAUUGAGCACUUCCAACGAGUGGACGACUUUUAAUAAAUGCUCCCCACAACUUUAGCUCUCAAGCGUGGAGCGACGAAAGGGAAAUUCAAAUAAAAGAUAAUCUAUGUCUAGAUGAAGUUAGUCACUAACUGAUAUAAAUGUAUAUGUAUGUAUCUAGUAGCUUUUGAAUUUUAAAAUCGUCAAGUCUACUGUGUGUGACACAUGUCUCGAUUUCCGUUCACCUAGAGAGAAUGAAAGAGCAAGAAAGAGUGACGAUAACGACGAAAGAGCGCCGAAAGAAAGAGAACCUUUGAAUCAAUCGAAAUAAUAACUGAAAGGUACAAACGUAGAAUAGUUGUUAUUGAGGCAAUGAACAACAAACUAUCAAAAAUCUUCAAACACUAUGAUACGCGUUUGUUGAUUUCAAGCGUUUAUUUUCUCAAGAUCCUAUACUUGCUCUAUAACGAUAUCUCGGUCUUGUAGCUACUUGCACCGAAGUAAUGUUUUUUGUUUUUAAAUGUGAUGUUGCGUUUUUCAACUUGAAAGCCUACGCGCAAAGCUUAGAGUUUAUAUAGUAAGAUUUAAAGAAGAAGAAGAAAGGCCACUUGCGACGUGAGAAUUGAUGAGAUGACUAUCUUCGAUCGACAAAAGAAAGAAGAAUAUAUAUUUUCAUUGCUGUAGCCCCGAUGCUCCGGACGACGAGAUAUACGACGUCAACGGCGAGCGAGCAUACGGAGUCUCACCAUUGUCCAAGCAACAAGAUCAGUGUCGUACACUAUAUCAAUUGCAUCAGCGCGAAAGAGUACGAAGCAGGCCUUUUUACAACGUGUACCUGAAGAAACUAAAAAGUCGACGACGCCCUGAUGGUGUGAGUCCAUUCCAACUUAUUCUAUGUGGCCUGCAAAAGUAUUUAACGAACGAUCGCACGAGUAUAUAAUAUAUAUGGACGCGUAGCUGACUGUCAAACAGUUGAACGAGUGAUAGAUAGUCGAAAAUUUCUUGCGAGGGCUAGUCGGUGCUGUCUCGACACUUUGUAUGACUAUAGGUAAGAACCCAUCAGUCCCUUCCAAUCGUUAUUAUGCCUCUUAACGAUUUCACCCUCGUCUCUGAAGACCAUUUUUGUAGAAAAAAAAACUGCGAACGAGAAAAUAUAAGUGAGUCAACGUAUAUAAUAUACGCACUUAUUAUAGAUGUCAACAAUUUCCAUGUCUAUAAGCUGUGUAAUAAACUUUAAAGAAUUUCCACGUGCUUAUGGUAAAUCGUAAGACGAAUUAGUCGUCGCGAUGUGAAUCUCGUUUUAUCCCGAUAGAAAAAAAACAAACAAACACUUUCUUUUCCAACACUAUAAGUGUGCAUUCUCAAAUAAUAACUUAAGCAUGAAUGAGUGUUCCUGACGCUGAAUUCUUCCUUUUUUUUUGUUUAAGACGAAGAAGACGGUGAAGUAUAUAACGAAGAUAAACAAAAUAUAGAAGCCAAUAGACAGAGCAAGAGACAUAGGAUGUGAUAUCAUCUCGCGAUAUUUACAAAGCGACACAAAACUAAAGUAUAUGCGAUUCCGCGAAGCAACAAUAAUACGAUAGCAGGUGCCGUAACGCGGCGAAGAUGAAGAGACACACGUAUACACUAAUCAAAGACUGAACCUGCUAUCUGCGCGCGAAUCACGAACAAUCAUCACGAGGGCUAUGUAGACCGCAACGGAAAGCUGCUGGAUGUAGUAGUCGUUGUUCUUUUCGCUGAGACCAGUCUUUCAGUUGUAAAAAGUAUAUAAAAUGGCAGAAAAGAUAACGCGUAGCCCGAGUAAAGUAAUUGAUUUUUGUUGCGAGAGAGAAAAAUUGAGGGAGAGAGAACCAAGUAUAUAGCGAGAGAUAAUAGAGAUCUGCGAACAAACCAAUAUUAAAUGAAACAAAAAGCCCCUUCCGAGCGCGCGCACGAAGACGAGCGACAAAAUACGUAUAUAUCCAAAUGUAAAAGUAUAAGUAGUCAGCGAUAUACGAAGAGGAUAUAGAUUAGAGAAAGAUGGAAUAAUAAUCAAAAGUGCAGCAGCAGCGUACGAUGCGAAUCUUUAAAGAUAAAGGGAAAAGAUAGCGCAUCCGUCGGAUACAAUAGUAAUGAACAAGAGACACGAAGCUAAUUAACGAUAAAAAUAGGUAGAGUGUACCGUUCGAAUAAACAAAAGAGAGCGCGCAAGCAAGAAGAAGCAGCAGCAGCACAAGCAUUAGCCGGGAAAGAGAAAGAGAGCCACGAGAGCUCCGUUUAACAGAAACAAGUCAAGACCUAUUUUUAAGAUGCGAAUGUAUAUUUUUAUACUAAGGCAGGCCUUAGUUGUGCAUAUAAGACGAUUGCGUGCAGUGCGUUUUAUGCCGUAGAGGUGCUCGAGAUAAAAAGCGAGAGAGAACGAAAGAGCGACAACGCGCAAAAUAAUAAGUAAUGUAUUAGAGAAAUCGAUACGUAUAAAUAGAUCACAUAAUAUUCGAAUUCGGUGCGAACGUACGAAAUUGUUAUAGCGAAAAAUAUCGUGUCUUCGAAAGAGAUAACAACGGGGCGACGUUGUGGCACUGAUGUAAUAUCGAAACACACACACACACACACACACUCGAACAACGCUCGGUGUUGUAUGCUCAUUAGUAAAAAAAAAAGAAUAAAAGUAAAUAAAUAAUCAUCGCCAAAGGGAGAACACGUAAGCUCGGAUUCCUUCCGACAGCCGCGCGACGUGCGUGUGUCUAGACUCCAUAUAGCGUGUAGUAUAUAUUAUAUACCUAGAUCAUCGUCCAAUCGCGAUUUUUCGUUCUCUAUUUUAUAAAUGUAUAUGCAUUCGUUCACAAGGAAGGAUAUUAUUUCUUCUUUUUUUUUCUCGAUGGGACUAUGUGCAUAUUACUAUCUUCCAGAGAUGGAAAAAAGAUUCUCGAGACUGCGCAAAGCGAGUAUUGCAUCUAUAUAUCUACGAUGAUAAACCCCCUCUUAAGACUGACCAAACUCAAAUCUAAAAAGAACGUUUUAGUCGCGAAUCGUACUACUGUAUUUCAACAAAAAAGGCGUGAAAAAAUGAAGGAAUCCGAGCCGUCGCGCCUCUUGUCUGUAAAAAAACAGCGAAAAAAACAAAAAUCUGAUGGAAUUGUUAUAUUCGCGCUACUAUAUAAUGCGCUUGCGUAAUCAAACGGUCGUGCGAAACUGCCUCGGUCUAUGCGUCGUUUUUUUUCUCGCAAAUCCCCAACGACCAGUAUACAUACACACACAUAUAGGAAAAAAAAUUGCGACAACGGGCGUACACGGACGAGGCACUUUCGCGGCCGGUUAAGAGAAUAAACUUAAAGAAACUGCACGGCAAGCUAGAUAACAAACAAACAAAAAUCUGUGAUGCGCUGAGUAAAAGACGAAGGCCAAAGGGGCUAACAAAAAAGUAAUAGCAAGUGAAGAGAGAUUAUAAUAUUGAGGCGAAGAUAAUUAAUGACGAGUGGGCCGGCCGAAACCACAUAGAGCUAAACGGCCGAGCGAGUGAAACAUCUGUGAUAAAUAACGAUAAAUACUAAAAAAAAAAUAAACAAACAAAUUUUAGAAGGAUACUCGGCUAGAGAGAGAAUGACAGCAAGUUAAUAAUGAAAAUAAUAAAAAAAUAAAAGAAAGCGUUUAAGAAACAAUGAAUGCGUGCGCUAUAUGUAAAAUCCAGAGUCAGCUUGUGUGCUUGUGUGAUGAGAGCGAGGUUUUAACGAACAAAACGAAAAUUUUGCAGAAAAACAAAUAUAGAUUAUAGCGACAGAUCGAGCGUGCGCUAGAUUAGGACUGACAACGGUGUGUGCAAGAGAGAUCGCUGUACAGUGUUCCAUAAGGCACUCAUGUAAUGUCGCGAGAUAAGCGUAACGAAAGUGUAUUUCUUUUUUCAUUUUAUUCACACGGAUACUGUGCAAUCUAACGUCCGAAAGCGUAAUUUUUUUUUACUUCCGAUUUCUGUCAUUGCGUAGCCGACAGUAUACUAAAAUCACGAAAAUGAUCAUGUCUUGUAUAACAGCGAUAAUAGUACGAAAAAUCGAGAUAUUAUCAUGCCUAUACGCGAAAAGUCCGAUCGAUUCGAUGUAUACCCGACGCGCGAUUUUACCUUUUUUUUUUUUUCGAGACUAUACUUCUGGCGACAAGAAUCGAAAACUGCGCGACAUUCCACUUCCCCGUUAUUAAAGUUUAUUACAUACUAUGUACAAGAUACGCAGCUCGUUGCAGAAAACAGGCGCGCGGUCGGGUUGAAGAAUCAAUGCUCCACGAACAGUAUUAAGAGUUCCUAAAACAUGCUGAGAGCAGUUGAACUCGAGCAAUUUUUUUUCUUUCUCAAUAACGCAUAUAUGUGAAUGCGAACACACGUGAAAAAUCAAAAUCUCUGUUGCGUUACGUCGUCAUGUUAUAUGUUUACUUUUUUUUUUGUAUUAUCAUGUAAGUCCGACGAUUGUGUUUCCGGAGAGAAGUCGAAACUCUCAUUCCAGUUGUGAGGAAAAAAACCGAUGUAUUCUUAUGAACGACGAGUGUACCAGCGCAUGAACGGCUUUCGCAUUUCAUUUAUUUUCUCGAGCGAUCGGGAAAACGCCGCAGCCGCGGCCGAUGUUACGCGAGAAUGUACGAGUGAAAGUAUAUAAUGUGUAUAGACGCGCACCGAGGUGAGGGCAUAGGAACGUUCGGGCGUGAAAAAAAAAAUCAAAGCGUGCACAUGUAGAAAGUUACGCUCGAUGUGUUUGUCAUUUGAAUAAAUCAGUCAUGGCUCUAUACCGUAAUAUUAUUACUAUUGUUAUUAUUAUGAAAUCUUUGUCCAGAAAAAAAAAAUUCUCUCGUAAGAUGUCGUCGAAGGGGGAUGGCUUUUCGCCUCCUCUCGAUUCGUUUAGUUAUCUUGUAUAGUGUGUACAUUUACGUACGAAGGAUGAAGACGAAAAAGUUCUCCUCGUAUAUAAUGUUGUGUAGAUUUCAACGACUGCUCGGUCAUCCUUUCGUAUGAAAUGUAUAAAAUUUCCGAUUAAUAUUCAGCUCUGUAUUUAAGUCCAGCUCUGUCCCUCUACCUACCAACAACUUCUAAGUCAACUUGCAAUAUUGAAGAGUGGAUGUCUAUAGAGCUUUCGAGAAAAAAUAAAUGGGUAUAUAUAUAUAUAUAUCUAUUAUGAUAUGCGAACAGUCAUUAUUUGCGUGCACAAAAUUCGCCGCGGACCUUAUUCCACGCUCUGUAACUCGUUUUUUGAUGUGUACUUCUUCUGUAUACGCUAUAGUUUAUAGCGAGUCACUUUUGGCCGGUGAAGAAGUAUUGGAAGAAACAUUAUAAAAAGAGAGAUAUUUGAAUACCCGUAAAACUUAAACUAUUAUAUCUAUAUCGAUAUUAUUAAUAAAUAUUUACGCACAGUAAAAAAGGCUUUCCCCCGCCCAAGAUGAUGUUUCUUUUUGAUUUGUGAAAACAAAAAUCUUAUUCGUGUAAUGAAUUUUGGAAAGUACGUUUACAAAAAUGUUUGAGUAUUAUAUCGUUAUUGUGUAUUUUAUGGAUAAUCAUGUUAAUUGGAAAAUUGUAGGAAAAUGUAACCGCGAUGCAUAAGGGCGGAAAGUUCGCUUUUGUUCGAAAAAUAAAACCAAUAAAAAAAAACAAAUUGUAUAACUGUGAGUUUGUGAAGGAUUUAUUAUACAUGUGGUUUUUCUAUUUUGUAAUUAAAACGGAUAUUUAUAUUAAGUAGAAUACAUGUUUUCGACUGGUUUUCUAAAAAAGAUAAUACAAUAAUCUUUUAAGGUUAUUUUUCAGUCCCGAACUUGAAGCAAAUUUUUAAUUUUUCUCGGUAUUGCAGUGCCGAGUUUCACCAAACCUAAUUGUCAAAUGCUAUAAUUCUCAAGCAUUCAGUAAAUAAAAAAAACUCGCGUACAUUGGAUCAAUUAAGCAUUACUAAAAAAAUUAUUUAUUAAUUUCUAACCAGCACACGAGUAGCAAUAUUGAAAAUGGUAAGUAAAACGGUUAAAAAAAAUUUUGCUUUAGUGCAAUCGGCAUUUAUACAUAGGUAUCUAUAUCCUGAACAAAAAAUAAAUCUUCGGUCUCUUGGCAAUAGAAGAAAAAACACUUUAAUUUUAUAACUGUAACUUUGUGAAGAAUUUUUAUGCAUUGUUCGGCGAUAAGAAAGAUAUUUUUAAUGAGAAAUUCAGCGCUAAGCGCGACAAGCUUUUAAAAUUCUAGUCCUGGGCUUGCUAUAUUAUUAUUAUUGUAUGUGCUUUUUAUGAUGUAAUUAAACUGCGUAGAUUAAUUAUGUAUACAUAUAAUGACGUAGGAUAGAAUUUUUAUUCUGCCGGAUUUUGACGCCUAACUGUCCAGCGAGCAAAAAAAAAGGAAAUUGUUAUAUAUUAUAAGUUGUGUUUGAAAAUCUCAAUUUUGAAACUAAUUUUUAAUUUGCUCGUGUAAUUGUUGUCGAAAACUAUAUAAUUCUCAAGCGAAUUGACGAAAAAAAAGUUUGACGUGUAUUCGAAUUACAUUACUAAAAAAAAUGUGUUUGUACGCUAUAUUAAAUAUUGUUAUAUACCGACUGUAGCACCUUCAAAACACGAUUUUAAAGCAACAAACUAUUAAUAUUUGUAUUAUGCGUUUAGUGUGGGUGACGAUACGCGUGUGUGAAAAAAAAAUAAUGAUUAUAAUCAAGGAUACGUGCGAUGUACGCAUUGUAUAAAACCAAACACUGUAAUAGAAGUAAAAAAAUUUUCCUCUCGUUGUAUUAUAAUAUAGCAUUCGAUAUAUAUAUAUAUAACAGAACAGAAAAAAAGAAGAAACAAAUGUAUGUCAAGUGAAGUACAGCGAAUAAAGGUGUGGUGAGAGUCAA